GGACCGUGGACAAGCACUCGGUGGAGGUCACCAACUGCUUCUCCGUCCCUCACAACGAGUCCGAGGAUGAGGUGGCAGUCGAUAUGGAAUUUGCCAAAAACAUGUAUGAGUUGCACAAGAAGGUGUCUCCCAGCGAGAUCAUCUUGGGCUGGUAUGCAACAGGUCAUGACAUCACGGAACACUCUGUCCUGAUCCACGAGUAUUACAGCCGGGAAGCGCACAAUCCCAUCCACCUCACUGUGGACACGAGUCUCCAGAAUUCACGCAUGAGCAUUAAAGCCUAUGUCAGUGCCCCAAUGGGAGUCCCUGGUAAAACUAUGGGCGUGAUGUUCACACCUCUAACAGUGAAAUAUGUAUAUUAUGAUACAGAGCGGAUAGGAGUGGACCUUAUCAUGAAGACUUGUUUUAGCCCUAAUCGAGUAAUUGGCUUGUCCAGUGACUUACAGCAGGUGGGGUCAGCGUCAGCCAGGAUUCAGGAUACCCUGACGAUGGUGCUGCAGUAUGCAGAGGAUGUAUUGUCUGGCAAAGUGGCUGCUGACAACACUGUCGGGCGUUUCCUGAUGGAUCUUAUUAACCAGGUGCCAAAGAUUUCACCAGAGGACUUUGAGACAAUGUUGAACAGCAAUAUCAAUGACCUACUGAUGGUAACCUACUUGGCAAACCUCACACAGUCACAGAUUGCUCUCAACGAAAAGCUUCUGAGUUUAUAAAGAACCUUCUGCCACCCUACACUUCAAAGAGCCUGAAGAAUGAGAAGAUACAUUUUUUUAUGGUGUUGUAACAAAUUUCCUUGGACCAUAAUUUAAUUACUUAGAUUAUGUGGAUUACAUCUUUAUUUCCAUUGCCCUGAAAAAUCCCUAACAGGGUUUAGGAAGUGAAUGGGAACGGCUGCCGUUUAGCUGAGCCCAGUAUUUUAAAGUGAAUAUGUGACACUUGUCUCCUGGGUUUAUCUACUUGUGUAACAAAAUACAGCUUUAUUGUAAGAAUGUAUUUGAAAUAAAAGUUCAGUGCUAUGGCAAGAA